AACUGACCAUUGAGGAAGCUUGUAGUCUUCAAUGUGGCGUAGAGUUGGGGUUAACGUCAGGCUGCUUGUCUGCUGUCGGAAACAUUAGCUUUAACAAUUUUUAAAAUUAAGUUUUUGUAACAAUAGUUCACUCAUCGUUACUUUAAUAUUAAUUAUAAGAGAGGUCGUAAACUUCUGAUUUUUCGAUAAAAUGACGGAAAGAGAAGACAAUGUGUAUGAAGCUAAGUUAGCCGAACAAGCAGAACGUUAUGAUGAAAUGGUUGAGGCUAUGAAGAAGGUUGCAUCCUUGGAUAUUGAACUGACUGUGGAAGAAAGGAACCUACUUUCUGUAGCUUACAAGAAUGUCAUAGGUGCAAGGAGAGCUUCGUGGAGGAUAAUCAGCAGUAUUGAACAGAAGGAAGAGAAUAAAGGCAAUGAAGGAAAGCUAGAAAUGAUUCGGCAAUAUCGAGUUAAGGUAGAAAAUGAACUUCGUGACAUUUGUCAGGAUAUAUUGGAUGUCCUUGACAAACACCUUAUCCCUGCUGCUAACUCUGGAGAAUCCAAAGUGUUUUAUUACAAAAUGAAAGGAGAUUAUCACCGUUACCUGGCUGAAUUUGCUACCGGAAACGACAGAAAAGAAGCUGCUGAGAACAGUCUCGUUGCUUACAAGGCAGCCAGCGACAUUGCUCUGACAGAACUUCCACCAACUCAUCCGAUCCGGCUGGGUCUGGCUCUUAACUUCUCGGUGUUUUAUUACGAGAUCCUUAAUUCUCCUGACAGGGCAUGUCAUUUGGCUAAGGCAGCAUUUGAUGAGGCUAUAGCUGAACUGGACACACUAAGUGAGGAGAGCUACAAAGAUUCCACCUUAAUUAUGCAGCUUUUACGCGAUAAUUUGACUCUUUGGACAUCCGACAUGCAAAAUGAUGAAGGUGAAAAUGAACAACAACAACAAAAGAAAGAAGAGGAUGUUCAAGAUGUUGAGGAACAGGAUGUGUCUUAAGUCAUGCUCCAAAAUGUAUCUAGAUUUGUUGAAAAAUUACUCAUUAACCUUGUAUGAAAUAGUAGAUUUGUAUUCUUUUUGGUUCUUUUAGUUAUGUACAUGCAUGAGCUGAUCUUGUGAAUAACCUGUAGAACAGGUAUUGUUCUAUGUUGUUUGUCAUUUCGACAUAUUUUGAUCCCUCUGUGUAAUACUUGUGUGUGUGUUAACCCUCAGUCUGACAUCUGUAAAACACACUAAGCAUGUUAACUAAAUCAAAAUAUAAUUAUCUGUGCUUGUUUCUUUUUUUAUUCUUAUUAAACAUGCACCAUUUUCACUCUGUUCCCAAAAGAAGUAACAUCGGAAGUUAUUGUACAUCUGGCUUCUCCAAAAAAAAAAGGUUGUUUUUGUGAAAUUAAACUGUAAUAUUGGAGACAAAAAAAUGCUUAUCUUAUAUUUCUGGGUUUUGAUAUUUAAUAAAUUCCAAAAUUGUUUAAAAGUGCCUUGAUUUUUUGUAAAUGGUUUUAUUUCUAACACUCCUAACAGAGUUUGUUUUUGUGUUUUUUUUUUUUCAUGUGUGGUGAUUUGCAACUCAAAUGAUGAAUUAUUGCUCUAACAAAGAAAAAUCGUCACUAGUAUUUAGUUUUGUAAACGUAUUUUUUUUAACAGUUUUAGGCUUUUGAAAGUAUAUGUGGUGUUCAUUUACAUUAGUUGUUUUCAGGUGGCUGUAUGGUUAAAGUGACUAACGUCACAGUCACGUACGUUUCUUUUCUAAGCAGGAAAUCUGUGUUGUUUAGCAUUUGGUUUAUGAAACAAGAAUUUCCAGAAACAGUUUAGUUUAAGUAGGUUUUUAAAUCAGUAUGCUGCCCUGACUUUUUACACAGCUGGAAACGUAGAUAUAAGACACUUUCUGUAGUUUAUAUUUAAAAAUUACUUGUAAGAGGUGAAAUAAUAUAAGGUUAAGAUGGAAAUACUUUGGAAGGAAGGAAAAUAUUACAGGGCAUUUUUGUAAUACACAAGUAAAUUAUUCAAGGUAAGGAAUUGUGCAAGACUUUAUUUUUUAAAUUAGCAUCUUUUGUGUGACACUUAACCAAACAGAAAAAAUACCUCAAUUUUCAACACUGCUGUUUGUGUAAGUAUUUGAUGAAGUGGUUUAAGGGUAGUAUUCAACCAGUAAUUUGUAUUAAGUAGAAGUAUGAAUUACAAAAACAAGUGACACAAGUAAUGUUAAUGAACUUCUUACUGGGUUUACAAAGUAUGAUAAUAUUUUUUUCUUAUUCAGCCUGCAUAUGUACUUAUUGUAUAUAGCUGAACAAAAUAAGAAAACUGUGUUCUGCUGAUGUAUUUAUCACACAUUUUCUGUUGCUUAUGAUACAGAAAUAAGGUCUUCUAUAUCGAUAAGGUGUUGAUGUGAAGUUAUAAGAAUACCGAUUAGGACAUUUUUGACAGUUUGUGGUACAAUUUAAAGUCAUAUUUUUUGGAAGCUUAUCACUUUGGAUCAUUCAAAAUAUUUUUUUUUUCUUAAUACUAUUUACUCUAGUAAUAGCUGAUUUUUUACCUUUAUUAAAAUGAAUAAUAAAAGUUUAAAAUAUUCACUCUCAAUAACAUAAUUAUUUAGUUUUUCUGUUGCUUAAAAAGAAUAUAAAUAGUGUGAUAUUUUGAAAAGAAUCCCUAAUAUAUAUAAUAUGGAAGAUGAUGAUAUCCACAAAAAUUUAAAUCCAUUAGAAAAUUAUAUUUAAAAAGUGGACCUGAUAGUUAUGGUACAUAUAAAAAAAAAAAAGUUUUAGUUGUCUAUUGGAUAUUAUUUGUUUCAGUUAUGUUGGUUUGAUUUUUGAAAAUAGGAAUAUAUGUUAGUAGAAUAUGACAAAUCUUUGAGUGCCCAAAUACACUAAAAACAAUCUCAAUAUCGAGUUUUUGAGUAUAUUGACAAAUUAACAUCUUAUAAUGGUUGUGCUGGAUUUGUUUGGAAUACCCAAUUCAUGGAUGUUUAUUAAAGUUGAAUUGGGGGGGGGGGGUAACAACAACAUUUUUUUCACGAUUUGUUUAAGCAACAGUUGAUUCAUAAAUCUGCAUUGGUUGUAUCUGUGGUUCAUAAGCCUUCUCUGGUAGUACCUGUGGUUCACAAGUCCCCCCCUCGUAAAGUACCUGUGGUUCAUAAGAUAUAUGCUGAGGAGCAACAUUUUGGCAUAGUUGUACUUGCACAUUACUAAAGACACAGUUGUUUCUUGGUCAGUGCUAGCAAGGCAGACUCUUAACUAAUAGCAAACUGUAUAAUUUGAAAUAUUUUUAGUAAAGCAUGGUUGUAUCUGAAAUUUUGUAUCAAAUUUUACCACUAAACUUUUUUUGUCAAUAUGAAAGUGAUCGUAGUAUUGUAUAAGAAAUACUGAUUAACUUCUCAUGUUUCUUUUCCUGAAUUGCAAUAGUAACAACAAAAAUGUUUAAAAUCACCACUUAAUCUCAUCCACAGUUUGAUGACCAAAGUAUUUCAAAAAUUCCCUUUUUUUUUUUGUUGUUGUUGUUGUUCAUGAUGCACUAUUUUAUUGUGAAAACAAAAAUCAUUGUAUUGAAAUUUUAGUUUACCAAGUGUUUGUUUCUUAAGCGUCAAUACACUUAUUUUGUAUUUUUGAUCUUCGUUAUGGUGGCUAAAGUCUGUUAAGCUUAUGUUAUGAAAAUAUUGACUUCAGUAUUAAAAGGAGUUAAAUAUAAUGAAUGUAUAUUAAACAUACGUUUAGAUACAUUCCAAAAUCAUCUUAUUACUUUGAUGUAAUAUUCUCACUUCAUUAUAUAUAGAUUUAAAUUCACCAGUCCCAAAGUUAAUAGAAGUCUGUGUUAUAAUUCAGAAUUGUGUGUUAUAAGCAAUACUUUGUACUUAAAAAAUAUAACAUUUAAAACACCUUUAAAGUGUAAAAUUGGGAAAGAUAUGAUUAAAAGAGGAGUAGAUGUAAUUUGGCUCUAGGAUAUUUUGGAAAACUACCCAUGAUACACCACAAGCUUCACUUUUUUGUAUUGGCAUCAUUUUACUUUGUAAAUGCCUAAUUUUUGUGUGUAUUUUACCAAAGUCAGUAAAGCUGGAUUAUAAGCAUAAUGAAAUUAUUCAACAAAAUCACCGUUAUUAAUAAAUUCUACUUCUUUGUUUUCUGUUUGGGGAGAUGGAGUCGUGGUGUGUUCGUAUAAUAUUCAUUCGUUGGUGUUGUAUUAUAUAACUGAACCUGUUUUGGAGCACAACUUUUGAGCAAUUACAUUGUUUAUUUCCUAA